AUGUCGACAUCAGAAGCUGCAAGAGCACAUGAAAUUGAAACAAAGGGAGUGAAUCUCCUGCAAAGGAAUUCAGAUGAUGUUGGAUGGGAAUAUGCUAUUCUUGUUGAUGCUAAUAACAAAGACAAAGUGAAGUGCAAGUUCUGUGACAAAGAGAUGAGGGGAGAGAUUUAUAGGUUGAAGGAGCAUCUGGCCCAUGUUGGAAAGAAUGUGAAGAAAUGCACUGCUAGAACACCCCAAGCUCUGGAGGCUAAAGAGAAGUGCAAGAAAGCACUAGAAGAUGCAAAGAGGAAGAGGGAGGAGAAGACUGUUCAUGAGCUAGAACUUAGAGAGGAAGUUAAUGUAUCUAGAGUUGGAGAGUCAGAUGAAGUCACUUGUGUUGGAAGUUCACAGCCUCAUAAAUUAAGACCAAUUGACAAAUGGACACGUGCUAUUGAUCCUAAAGCUACCAAUUCUGAUUCUUUGAAGCAACAACAGCUGAACAAGGAACUGUGGAAAGAAAGAGUUCAUGAGGUGCAUAAGUUUAUUGCAAGAUGGUCCUAUAAUCAUGCAAUACCUUUCAAUGCAUGUGUAACGAUGAGUUCAAGCAAAUGUGUGAAGCAAUGGAUAGUUUGGUCCAGGACUUGCAUUGGACAAUUAGUAGACAAAGCAAUUGAAGACAUUGGUCCAGAAAAUGUGGUGCAAGUAGUGACUGACAAUGCCUCUAACAACAUGGGAGCAAAGAAGCUAUUGCUUGAGAAGAGACCACAUAUAUUUUGGACCUCUUGUGCAGCUCACACAAUCAACUUGAUGCUGCAAGGAAUUGGCAACUUGCCUCGGUUCAAGAAAGUGAUUGACCAAGUAAAGGCAUAUAUCAUAUUUGUGUAUGGCCACACAAGAACAUUGGAGUGCUUGAGAUACUUCACAGAGGGAAGAGAGUUAGUGAGGCCAGGAGUGAAUAGAUUUGCUUCAUACUUUCUCACUUUGAACAGUAUCCAAGAGAAGAAGGACCAGUUAAGGAAGAUGGUGGUUCAUAGUAGGUGGGACUCAUUAAAGGAUGUGAAAUCAAAGAAAGUAAAAGAGGCCACAGCAACUAUAUUGAGUCCAACAUUUUGGAAGGAUGUGAAGCUAACAUUGUCUGUUUUUGAGCCAUUGGUCAAAGUCCUCCGUUUGGUUGAUGGGGAUGUCAAGCCAUCCAUGGGUUUUGUUUAUGGAGAACAGCUAAAGGCAAAGAGAGAGAUCAAAGAGGCCUUUGGCAAUGUUGAGACUCGAUUCAAGGAUGUUAUGGCUGUUAUUGAGAAGAAGAUGGAUGGAAGACUUGAUUCUCCAUUGCAUUUGACAGCUUAUUUGCUGAAUCCACACUAUAGCUAUAGUAAACCAUCAAUCUUUGAUGAGCCCAAAAUAAUAGAAGCAUUUGUAGCUUGUGUUGAGCAAUUUUAUUAUCAUGAUGAGGACAAGCAAGAUCAGGCUGCCAACAUUGAACUGAAAAAGUUUCAAAGUAGAGAAGGGCCAUUUAACAAGAAGCUUGCAACGACUUUUCAAAACUUUGAUUACAACCCAGGUAGAGCAUCAUGGUGGCGGCUUUAUGGAACUGAAACACCAGCUUUACAGAGCAUGGCUACAAGGAUCUUAUCUUUGACAUCAAGCUCUUCUGGUUGUGAAAGAAAUUGGAGUUGGUUUGAAGGGAUACAUACUAAGAAGAGAAAUAGGCUUACUACAAUCCGCCUCAACAAGUUGGUCUAUAUUCAAUUCAACAACAGGCUGAUGAAUAAGAGAGAAAAGAUCAAGUCAAAGAAAAUCACUGAUGUUCUCUUGUCUAGUGAUACAACUGAAGCUCAAGGUUUUCUCUAA